UGUUGGAUUAGUUAUGAACUAUGCACCUAUUGGAGUAGGCGCUGCAUUGGCUGCUACCGUUGGAGCGAAUGGUAUUGGUGUCUUGGCUAAUCUUGGUAAACUCAUUGGUUGUGUCUAUGCUUCGUUAGUUAUAUUCUUAAUUAUUGUCUUAAUCCCUAUCAUGUUUCUUGCCAAAAUUCCUGUUCUACCAUUUUUUAAAACCAUAGCACAGCCUUGGCUAUUGGCUUUUAGUUCUGCAUCAAGUGAAUCAGCUCUUCCUAUGGCAUUUGAACGUAUGCGUGCAUUUGGUUGCACAAACUCACUUACAGGCUUUGUUAUUCCAUGGUAAAUGGUUAUUCUUUCAAUCUAGAUGGAACUACCCUGUAUCUUUCCUUAGCUACCAUCUUUUCUGCUCAAGCAGCUGGUUUAAGUUUACCUGUGAGUACACAAUUAUCUAUUAUGGGAACUUUAAUGUUAUCAUCUAAAGGUGUUGCAGCAAUUCCACGUGCGUCGUUAGUUGUGUUAUCAGGCACAUUAGCUCAAUAUGAUAUUCCACUUGAAGCUGUGUUGAUGAUUAUGGGUGUUGAUGCGAUUAUGGAUAUGGCACGUACCUCAUUAAAUGUUCUUGGUAAUUGUCUAGGCUGUUGUGUAAUGGCUCGUAUUGAAGGCUCUUUUCGAGGUGAAGAAUGGAGGGAAGAAGAAGAAGAUCGUCGUUAUAAAAAAUGGCUUGAUGAGCAACAAAAAGCAGGUGUCCUGGAUGUUUCUAAUAACCAAAAAAAAGAGGAUAGCGACUCGCUUUCAAACGUUGUUGUCCAUUAAAAUGAGAAAUCAUUUUUUAUAUGAAAAGAAGAAGCAGUAUAUAAUUACUUAUAAGAAAUACAUUAUAAAAAAAAUAUUUUUUUU